GCGUAACGUUACUCCCUCCGUCUUUCACUCCGACUUUCUCUCCCGUUCAGAAGCUCAGGAACAGGUAACGUUUAUCGGUUCAACUAGAUGGAAAACAAACAGAAGCAAGACAAAUAAAACGAACGUGUGUGUUGUUUUUAAGACUUCGGUGUGGACUGACGAUGCUGAAGAUAUCGAUUUUGAAGGUGGAGAACCCGUCCUGCAUCUGGGGUCGGGCUGUUUGGGGGUGUGGCGGUGAUGCUAAUACAGCAGAGCAGUAUGACAACCUGCUGGUUCAGAUGAACCUCUUCUACCACGACGUCACCCAGGACCAUCGCAAUCUGAAGCCCACGUCGUUGGAGGAGGGACAGGUGUGUGUGGUGUACUGGUCAGUGAUGAAGUCGUGGUGUCGGGCUGUGGUGGAGUCGGUCAUUAUGGACUCCAGGUCCUGUCACGCUCGCUGCUUGCUGGUCGACCACGGAGAACGACUCGUUGUCCCCUCAGAACAAAUCCGAGUCGCUGUGCAAAAAUUCCUCAAGCUGCCCUUCUGGGUGAGGAGGUUCCACCUGGCGAGAAUCAAACCAACAACCCUGCGUGUGUCUGUCCACGAGGAGAAGGCAGUGCUCAUUCCAUCCUCUCAGUGGGACAGCUCUGCUACACUCUACCUGCACAACCUGCUUAAAGCGUCGACCCAGACGGAGGUUGUGUUGCUUGAAUCCGAGUCAUGCUCCACCGCUAUUGAGCUUUAUCUGACCGUGGGAAACAUCAAGAUCUGUGUGAAUGACGAUUUGGUGGCCAAGAAGUUUGCAUAUUUCAUCAGAGAGUCAGCUGACAGUGGCUGGCUCGACGAGGUCGACCGAUUUCCCAUCACGGUGUCCUCCAACAUCUUAAACCAGACCGUCUGCACGGCCUCAAAUAAGCCAACAGCACAAAUCCAACCACCUCCUGUGAUGUCACAAGGUCUGGCUGCAGCCGGAGCUGGUGAUUGGCUGAUGGCUGCCCCUACACCUGAGAGCCAACAACCUGAGCUGAAGACCUGUGAGGAAGGAUGCAGGUCAAAGGUCACAGAAGAACAACUGUCUCCAGGCAGCCGAUCAAAGAAUGGCUCAGACUCUGCUGCUGCUGCAGAGAGUGAAUCGUCAGAGGACACAGACUCGUCUCUGGCUGCAGAUCUGGCCAAUGACCUCAGUCUGUUCAGGCUCCUGAAGUUUCUGAAUCCUGGCAGCAGCUACCAGCAGGCGGCUCCAAGCGUCAGUCAGCAUGAAGAGCUAAAAGACCGUCACCCUGGAGAGACAACUGCAGCCUUCAGCACCUGCACUGGACAGGAAGUAUGUAUCCCAUCAUACAACAGUGAGUCUGUAACGCCGCACAGGGACCCUUUGCUCAGUAUGAGUGGCAGAAGUGGAGCUGAAGGUCUUCGUGAGAACGGUCAGGUUGAAUAUCUGGCAGAUGAAGAAACGAGCAGUUCGAGUAGAUCAGUCGAUUCGGGACCAACCGAGAAGACGUGGAGGAGUGAAGAGGACUGGCUCUGUUCACGCCUUCUGGAGUGGUUGAACCCGGAGCCUCUGAACGCUGAUCCAGAUGCUGCAGACAACGUGGUUGUUCCCCGGGACCCCAGGAAGACUGGGAUUCUGGUGCACUCUGUCCUCCCGGUGGAUCCCUGCACCAGCCUGGAUGAUGCUCCCAUCACGGAUUCUCUCUGCUGGGUGUUACGGAGGAAGCAGUACAGCGCUCUGUCUCCAGCUGACGGUUACAGCUGGCCAGCUGUGGCUCGAGGAUGCAGCACUUUGAUCAUCUCUCAUGACGCUGACCAGCCACGCAGCUACCUCCCCCCGCUCCUCACCCACAUCCUGCUCAACUCCAUCUUCAUCUCUUCAACCAGCGCAGGGCCCAUAGCCGUGCUGCUGUGUCCAGGCUGGGAGAAGGUCCAGGCGGUGUAUGACCAGCUGGAGGAGCUCAAGGUCAACACAACCCUGCACCCUCUCAUCGUGCUCCUAGGUGUCGGCAAAGACGAAGCAACCGUCAGGAUCCCCAAAAACUGCCUGUUGAUGGUGUCCACUCCGUUCAGCUUCGUCCGUCUGCUGUCCAGCCAUCGCUUCCUGUUCCUGCGUCUGCACCACCUGGUGCUGGACGAGGCUGACCAGCUGUUCGCUCUCGCUCCAGACGAGAUGGGGACCAUCUUGCAGCAUUUCCACAAGGUGACCUCCACCCAGAACGGUUCCAGUCCUAAGCAGCUCGUCGCUGUGGCGAAAAGAUGGACCGGUCAUCUGGAGGGUUUGUUAGCCAAUCACAUGCUAUACCCCUGCAUUGUCAUCACUCUGCCUGAGGAAGCCGCUCUCUAUGGCAACGUUCAACAGAUCACCCUCAUGACACUGGAGACCAGUAAGAUCAACAUACUGUUGGGUGCACUGGAUUUCAAACCCGAUGUCGGCCAGAAGACGCUGAUCGUAGCCAGCUCCGCUCAGGAAGUUGAAGACGUGUUCAAGGUCAUGAGCACCAAAUCAGGCUUCUGCCUCAAGACCCACGAGGGGUUAACACGCGAGUUUGACUUUGUCAUCCAGCAGUGGAGGAAAGACAUCGGCCGCGGCACUCAUGUUCUUCUGGUGACCACCAACGAGUGUCUGCAGUGUCUGGGAAUCACAGACGCGAACUGUGUCGUCCACUACGACUUCCCCACUUCGCCCAAAAUAUUCGGCAGCCGACUGUUCUGCAUGGCCGACAACUUUAGAAACCUUUCAGCGCGAAAAUCCCUCCAGGAUCACAUGGGGAGCUGCCCUCAUCCCGCCAGGUCUGUGCUGCUGAUAUCGGAGAGGAACACCUGCCAUGUAAUUGGGCUUCUGCGAUACCUGGUGCGAACCAAGUCCCCGUUGCCCCCUGAGCUGCUGUCCUUUGCCGAGGGCAUCCACGUGGCCCGGGAGGAGCAGAAGAUAGACAGGCCUCUGUGCAGCUACCUGAAGAGUUUCGGAGUCUGCAGAUACCGCAGCGUGUGUCCUGAGCGUCACAGACCGCUUUCCCACCUGGAUCAGUCUGUGCUUCCUGCGUCCGGAGUCGUAGAGGUUUUGCCUCUCUACAUUAAGACGGCGUCGAUGUUCUACGGACGGAUUGUCAAGAAGGAGGACGGAGGUUUCACGAGCAUGGCGUCUGAAAUGACGUCUUACUUUGCCGACAAGAAACCUGGAGCCAAGGAGCUGCUGGAGGGAGGCCUGUACGCCGUGCAGGAGGAUGACGUCUUCCACAGGGUGAAGAUCCUGUCUGUCCCAGACAGAGGUGACCGGCUGUUUUUCAGCGUAUAUGUUCGGUUUAUUGACGUGGGAAAGGAGGAGGAGGUCAAGUCCCAUCAGAUCCUCCAGCUCCCAGAGCAGUUUCACUCUCUGCCCGGCCAGGCCGUGGAGAUCGUCGUCUGCAGGGUCAAACCAGUCGACGGAGAGAUUGACUGGCACCCCAAGGUCACCAGAGCGAUCAGCCAGAAGAUCCGAGGUCUGCAGCACCGAGCCAGAGCAGUUUUCAGUCUGGGAAACACCAUUUUUGUUGAUCCCAUGGUCCGUGUGACCCAGUUGCCAGGCGUGAAAACUGUGAUCAAUGAAUACAAGGUACGUUCAGAGAUCCUGAACACUGGGAUGGGAGUCAGCAACCCGGAGCAUCUGGACCUGCUGAGGGCGCUCCACCAGGAGACCAAAUCCGGCAGCGGUGAGGAGGCGGGUCACAUUUCUAGGACGGCCGAUGGUCCGGUGUCUCUGGAGGUCAGGAUCAAAGCUGAGGAGGACGUUCUGGCUCAAGUCUUGAGGUCAGCAGAGGACAGCGGACUCGCUGACCUUCCUCCCCUCGAACCAUGUGAGCCACUUGGUCCAGUAUCUUUAGUGAUCCGGUCCCCGGUCCCAUCACCACCAGCAGCUGAACCCCACCUGCAUCCAGUGUGUGAUCAGAAAUCCCUGCCGGCCCUUCGAGCAGCGAUUGGACAGGAAGACGCCCACGCUGCUGAUCCGAAGUCAGCUCAGCAGAUGAUGAGGAACAGAGAUGGAGGAGAACUUCCCACCCCCUGUGAAAAUGGUGACGCUGAAAGCAACAGCCAGCAGGUCAUCAGCACUAAUGAAGCAGGCUGCCCUGACUCCAGAAAAGUUUCCACCCUCAGGUCCGCUGGUUCCAGACAUCUGACUCUGCGAUCGUAACCAUGAAACUGAUGAACCCGGAGAGUCAGCGCUGUGACUUCUCCCCCGACAGAGUCGUCUACAGGUCUGUGAGGAGCAGACCACCAAUGAUCGCUCACUUACUUCGCAUCACAUCCAGCAUUCAGUGGAGCUUCUUUUCCAGAGCACUUUAUACCGGCGGGAGCGGGUACAUGUUUAGCAUGGCCAGCCUUACGGUGUAAAUUAAACACACACUAACAUGAAUUUACACCAGUGUAAAUGAAAAUGCUUGUUUUUGGCUGGCUGACAGGUGUCAAAGUAACGGGUUGAAGUUGAAUUGGCUAUGAAUGUAUGACAGACAUCUCAAGUCCAUUCAUUUUAAUUUUUGGGGCAUUGGCCACUAAUAUGUUGUUUCUGAAUACCACAUAAUCAAAUAUGUCACAUCUUGUGGCACAAUGUUUGCAAAGACAAGUUUCAUAUCUCUCGAGUUAAUUCAGAGAAAAUAAAAAAGCUUAUCACCGUUUUUACUGCUGCAGUGACGGCACCGAAUGUCUACAGGCCUUUCUGUGAUUGUUUUGAACUGUUUGUUGGCAGAAGCUUCUAAGUUAAUUUAGCUUUGUAAUAAAAUGUUUUAAACCAA